AUGCGCCGGCGAACCCGCCGCGUCACGACCCGCGCGUCGUCCCGCGCGACCGGCGCCGGCGCGAGCACUCGCGCUGGGACUGGCAAAAAACACGGCGGCUCCGAGGGGGGAGACGAAGGCACGGCCGGCUUCGGCGUGGACGCGGCGACGCUCCGCGAGCUGUGCGAGGCGACGCCGGGCGAGGGCCGCGUCGCCAGGAUCCGCGAUCUGGGCGGCCUCGACGAGCUGGCGCGAGCGCUCCGCUCGAACCUCCGCGACGGUCUCGCCGUGACGUUCGACGACGCACACGCGCGAGGCGAGGACGCCGCCGUCGUCGUCGUCGACGACCGGGACGCGCGAAUCGACGCGUUCGGCGCCAACGUCGUGCCCUCGCGCGACGUCGCCACCUUUACCGAACUCCUCCUCCGCGCCCUGGACGACGACACGCUCAAGAUACUCGUCGCGUGCGGCGCGCUCUCGCUCACCCUGGAGCUCGGCUUCGCGUCUUCGAGUAAUCAUAACCCGACGGCUUGGAUCGACGGAGCCGCCAUCCUCGCUGCCGUCGCCGUCGUUUCACUCGUCACCGCGCUCAACGACGCGCAGAAACAGGCGCAGUUCGAGCGCCUCAACGCGUGCGCCGAGGGCGGGUGUCGCGUCAGGGCGAGGCGCGGGGGAGAGGAAACAGCCGUCGCGAUCGCCGACGUCCUCGUCGGCGAUUUGCUCUUAUUGGACGCGGGAGACGUGGCGCCCGCGGACUGCGUCAUCGUCUCCACCGGCGACUGCGUCGAGGUGGCGGUGGACGAGUCGCACCUCACCGGUGAGUCCGACGACGUUCGCAAGACGUCCGCCGGGGCGCCGGUGCUGCUCGGCGGGUCGAAGGUUUUGGAGGGGCAGUGCGAGGCGCUCGCGAUCGCGGUUGGCGCGAACAGUCAGGCGGGGCUCGUCACCGCGAUGGUGCGCGGGCAGGACGGCAAGUCGGCACCCGGGGUCGGAAAGUCGGCACCCGGUGACGCGUCGCGGCGCUCGCUCUCCGCGGACGAUAAGACGGUGCUUCAGGGUAAGCUCGAGACGCUCGCGUUGGCGAUUGGCCGGGUUGGUUUUUACGCCGGCGCUUUCGUCGCGUUGACCAUGUCGGCCUCGUACACCCAGCGGUUGUUUCUCGGCGGGGUCUUCGCCGAGGGUGCCGUCGGGGGUGCCGUAUGGGGUGCCGUCGCGGGUUCGAGCCCGCAGUGGGCGCAGAUCGCGGAGCAGUACCUGCGGUUCAUCAUCACCGGUGUCACGGUGGUCGUGGUCGCGGUGCCGGAGGGUUUACCCCUGGCGGUUACGCUGGCGUUGACUUUCAGCGUGCGGCGGAUGCUCGACGACAACAACCUCGUCCGGUACCUCGGCGCGUGCGAGACGAUGGGAGGGGCGACGACGAUCCUGACCGACAAGACCGGCACGCUGACGCGUAACGAGAUGCGCGUGAGGCGCGCGUGGGCGGGCGGGCGGGAAUUUCGGUUCGACGAGCUGUGGUCGGGGCUCGCGGACGCGAUACGGUGCAACUCGACCGCUCGCGAUACGGCGCUUGGGACGGGUACGGCGGGUGACGGCACAGCUGGUUCGGGCACAGCUGGUUCGGGUCGGUUCGGUUCGAGGACCGAGCUGGCGUUGCUCGACUUCGCCGAGGUUCUUGACCCGUCCCUCCCGGGGACGCGUCGUACGUUCGGGUGUCCGUUCGACGGCGGCGUCGAGAGGAUCGUUCCGUUCACGUCGGAGCGUAGGCGCACGUCCUCCUCGUUCGACCACUCGUUCGGCCACUUCCGGCAGUACGUGAAGGGUGCCGUGCUCGACGUCCUCCCGCUCUGCUCCCACGCGCUGGACUCCGACGGCUCCGGCGUCCGCGCCGUCGACGUCGAAGCCGUCGAAGCCGUCGCGAAGGCUUGGGCCUCUGCGGGCCUGCGGGUUCUCCUCGUCGCGCGGAAAGAGUGCCCGCCCGGCUUCGACUGUAAGCGACGGGACCUGGAGGAGUCGGAAUCGGGGUGGGAGGGAGGCUUGACCCUCGUCGCGGCGGUGGCGAUGGAGGAUCCGCUGCGCGACGAGGUCCCGGCGUCCAUCGCUCGGUGCGCGGACGCGGGAAUCGUCGUGCGCAUGGUGACGGGUGAUUCGCUGGCGACGGCUACGUCUGUGGCUAAGAAGUGCGGCAUACUGCCGCUCGACUACCACCACCCAUCCUCGUUCGACUCCGGGUAUGAGGACGUUGACGAUGGCGUCGGGUUCGAGGACGGCGGCGUCGCCAUGGACGGCGAGACCUUUCGCGAGCGCAUCACCGAUCCGGCGUCUGGCGAAAUCAGCCAAACGAGGUUCGACGCGGUUUGGCCCAACCUCAGGGUGCUCGCGAGGUCUUCGCCGAGUGAUAAGUUCGCGCUCGUCACCGGGAUCAAGGCUUCGCGGCGGUCACGCCGGAGGGAGGUGGUGGCGGUGACGGGGGACGGGACGAACGACGCGCCCGCGCUGCGCGCCGCGGACGUGGGCUUCGCCAUGGGCGUCGCCGGCACCGCCAUCGCGCGCGACGCCAGCGACAUCUUGCUCCUGGACGACGACUUCUCCUCCGCCGUCGCCGCCGUCAAGUGGGGUCGAAACGUGUACGUGAGCGUGCAAAAGUUUCUGCAGUUUCAGCUCACCGUGAACGUGAGCGCGGUGACCACGGCGUGCGUCUGCGCCCUAUGCGUGGGCGAGUCCCCGCUGACCGCGGUGCAGAUGCUGUGGCUGAACCUCAUGAUGGAUUCUCUCGCGGGUUUGGCGCUGGCGACGGAUUACCCCGGCGAAGACCUCCUUUCCAAGCCGCCUAUAUCCUCCGACGAGCCCAUCGUGUCGCACCGAAUGCGCUGGAACAUCGCCGCUCAGGCUGGGUACCAGCUCGCGGCGAUGGGAACCCUCGUGUGGUUCGGCGACGCCAUCUUCGACGUCCCCAGCGCGAGAGGAGCGAUCGACCCGGAGCCGUGGAAUCGAUGGGAUUUCGCCGGAGCCGCCGAUUACUUCGACCUCAUCGACGCCGCAUCGCGCGUGUCGCGCGACGCCCCCACCGUGCACUACACGCUGGUGUUUAACGCGUUUGUCCUGAUGCAACUGGCGAACCAGGUCAACUGUCGAGCGGUGGACGGUCGAUACGACGUCCUCGCGGGCGUCACCGGGAACCGGAUUUUCUGCGCGAUUUUCUGCGCCGAGAUCGCGAUGCAGGUCGCCAUCGUCCAGCUGGGCGGCGAGGUGUUCCACACGCGGCCGCUCGACGGCGGGCAGUGGGGGGCGUGCGUAGGAAUCGCGCUCGGGUCGCUGCCGCUGAGGGCGGGUGUCACGUGGUGGCUCAACCGACGCGAAACCCGAGAGGCGUGA